CGGGUCUCUCUUACUCUUAAUUGUUCCAACCUGGCUGCCAAAUGUCAGCACUAUGAGGAAGACUGACUUCUGACAGUUUAGUCUUCUUUCAUGCAACGAUCAUUAUUGCAGGCUUCCAUGGCCUCUUGGAACGUUUCAAGCGUUUCCGCUCAUAAUUAUGAACGGCUGGUGCUCUUCGGUUAGCCCGUAUCCUGCAGGAAAUCUCCUACCAGUUUACAGUACACUCCGAGUUCGUCGAACUCCGGCUAGCCAUGGUAUACCGUGGUAAACCGAGUGGAGGGUGCGACACCUGCCGCGCGAGAAAAGUUAAGUGCGAUGAAACCAGACCCGUCUGUCUACGCUGCACCAAAGCUAGGCGUACCUGCGCUGGUUAUCGGGAUCAACUUUCACUGUGGUUUCAAGACGAAAGCGACGCCACCGUGCAGAAAGUAAAGGCAUUGGACAAGUCGGGCUCGAACGACUCGGCCCCACCAACAACGGCCGUUGUAGCGAUACGACAGGCGGCUGCCCAAGUAUAUCGCCUCCAGCACUUGACCUUCUCAAUCCCCGUCUUCAAUUUUGCGCUGGACCACAUCUUCCAAGCCACCUGCCUGUUUCUCAAGUCAUAUUCAUGGCUCAAUGUCUCAUGCCUUGUAGAACAGUCUCAGACGCAUGCCCUCUCUAUUGGCGAAAAAGCCAUGAUGACGGGCAUUGCGUCGGUGGGUCUUGCUAAUCUCGCGAAUCUUCAUAAUUCACGUCCCUUUCGAAUCUCUUCAAGAAGCGAGUAUACCACUGCUUUGCAGUUAACAAAUGCCGCUCUUUGUGAUCCAGUAGCGGUCAAAGAAGACACCACGCUCACUGCGGUGGCUUGUCUCUCGUUGUAUGAAAUUAUCUGCUGCGACAAGGAAUCAUCUCUGCUAUCUUGGUAUGAACAUGCACGAGGCAUCGCGGCCCUGCUCGAACUUCGUGGAGAGGAACAGCUCCAUCGUGAAACCGGUCUGCAAAUGUUCCAAGUCCUGAGAAAUGAAGUGCUUAUUGGUUGCCUGCAAAAGCGAACACGAAUGCCUCCUACACUCAUCAGGACUCCAUAUCGGCCAAAUUCCACUGCUCAGAGUUAUUGUGCAGAUAGGCUAGUGGAAAUUGCCGCCGGUCUAUGCGAUCUUCAAGUUCAAAUGAGCGAGGAAGCAGUCACUGACAGCGUCAGAAUACUUACGCUCGCCAUGAAGCUUGAAUCUAAAUUAGAGGAUUUCAGCAAGGAACUCUCUGCUGAACUGCCCUACUCAGUAAGUCUGCGAAGCAAUUCCCAGGCCUCACGAGAGGAGGCGGUAAAAGCGGUCAGUCAUUACAAUGGUUAUUACCAUGUGUACCAGUCCAUGUGGACGUGCAAUACUUGGAACAACUACCGAUACAUCCGGAUCCUCGUCAAUAGCUUGAUUUUGGCACAGUUACGACAAUUGAUGUUUCAGUCCGAGCGCAGCUCAGUUACCCCGGGCAUAAAGAGUCUUUGUCGCGACGUCCGCGCUCUUUUAAGGCAACUAGCGAUGGAUGUCUGCUGCGCGGUUCCGUACAAAUUUGGCCUUGCUCAGGAAGCCGAGAGACAAGCACUGGAUCCAUUGGUAGCUAAAGCCGGCACUGGGUUCACUCUGCUUUUGCCCCUCUAUCUUGCUUCGCUAGUCGAUGGAGUGUCGAGCCCUGUCCAUGCUUGGGCCAUGAGGUGCCUCGGUAUUAUCGGGCACAAGAUGGGAAUACGGACAGCUGUGUCCCUUAUGGAUGUGCUCGAGAGAGAGCAAGGUUGGACGGCCUGGAUCGACUUGAUAGAUGGUGAAGGGGAUAAAUAGAUGUACAUAAUGGAAGGACUACAGUGCCUAAGGCAUCACAAGACAGCGGAGACUCGGAAACUCGUUCACGUGACGCACUAUUUUGUAUCAUUUAUAACAGUUUUCUUCCGCGCGGCAAGAG